AUGGCUGAGCCCCCGGAACCAGUGCUCUUCCAGGGGCACCCAGUCUCAGCAGCCACCCCCAGCCUGGGGGAGUCCACAGAUGUGGAGUGUCCCAUCUGCUACCAGGAGUACAACCAGAGCAGCAAGUGUCCUCGCAUGCUGGAGUGCCUCCAUGUCUUUUGCACCGAGUGCCUCCAGAGGAUCCAGUUGUCCCCGUAUCCAACUGACCCCUCGAACCCCCAGAGCCCUCCCAGUCCUGCCAUCUCCUGCCCCCUUUGCCGCCACCCCACCACGCUGGAGACAGGUGACCCCCUCACCUUGCCCUGCAACUCCCGCAUCCUGGCCCAGCUGCCGCCCAUGGCCUUCCGCAUGCCCACAUCGGUGGCCACCCGACUGGCCACAGUCACUCAGAGUGUGGUCCUCUCCCUGGAGGCCAGCAGGGAUCCUCGCUUCAUCAUCCUGCCCACAGUGAGCCUCCGGGUGGAGCAGAUGCACCCCAGCGAUAGGCCCCACAGCAGAGGUGGAAGAUUGGUUGAUGAGGUGGAGGUGCUGCAGCACCACAGGAGGACCCUGGUAUGUGUGCAGCUGCUAGCCGUGGUCUUCUGGGUGUUGUUUGGGGUGACCUGCAUAGUGGCGGUAGUGUUCGGGCCAAGCUUCUUCUGCAAAUGA